AUGAGUAAUGAAACUCAAAGGGAUAUAGCCGCUCGUUCUGAAGUGCAAAAUGAAAAUAUUGAACCUCAACAACAUCAACUUCAUCAUCAUCAACACCCAGAUCAAGAUCAUCAAUCAAAUAGAAAUAAUCAACAUCAUCUUCAAUACGCCAAAAAUGAUCAACAAGCUGGAAUUCCAGGUCCAAUGAACCAUAUGGGAUCUCAAUAUGGACAAGUACCUGUCAUGGUUUCAAGUUAUCCUUCAGGAACUGCACUUCAACAAUUUCAAUUCCAACAACAAGCUGCUUAUGCUCAAGCCAUGCAAAAUCAAUAUUAUCAACAACCACCACCACAUCAUUCUCAACAACCUCAAAUGGGGAUACCUCCUCAAUUACAACAAAGUCCACUACCGAAUGGUCAUAUGCCUCAAAUGCAACCUUUACCUGAACUUAAUCCAAUGGCUCCACAAUAUCAUACUCCACAAAGACCAAUGGGUGCUCCAGCUUUACCUCAUCAUCCAGGUGUUUUAAUGCAAAAACAUGGAAUUACACCACUGGGGAGUCCAGAAACUCAACGUAAAAAGCAAAAAAGAACAAAUAUCAAUGGUGAAGAUUCUGAAUUAAAAGCAUUGGCUUAUAGAUCUUUAGAUAAUUCUUUAGAAGAAGUUGCUGCACAAGUUAGAGCUGUGGAACUGGAUAAUACAUCGGGAACUUCAACACCUGUGGCAAAUGAUACUAAAACUCAAUAUAAAAAAGAUACUGCAAAAGAAAGACAAAGACAAAUUUUCGGUAUGGUCUGGUUAUUAAAAUCUUGUGAAGCUAAAAGUUCGGCUGUUGUUCCACGUAAUAGAGUUUAUGCUCGUUAUGUUAGUAUUUGUGCUGAUAAUGGUUUAAAACCACUUUCUCCAGCUUCUUUUGGUAAAUUAGUUCGUGCAAUUUUUCCAAAUUUAUCAACUCGUCGUUUAGGUAUGAGAGGUCAAUCAAAAUAUCAUUAUUGUGGUAUUAAACUUAUAGGAGAAAAUUCAAAUCCUUCUCCAGGAGUUUCAAGUUCAAGUACACCUUUACAUAAUUCUGCUUAUGAUUCAUCAUUUUUACCUGGUACACCUUUUGAUACUGGAAGUCCAAAUUCUUUAACUUCAACACCUUUGUUAUCAGCAGCAACAACUGCUACAACUGCUGCUACAACAACAACAAAUAAUUCAGGUACAAUAAAUUCAUUUUUGAACAAUCAUAUUGCACCUGAAUUGAAAUUUGUUCCAAAUUUAAUUGAAUCUUUAAGUAAUCAGGUUCCAGACUCUGAUAAACCACUUUUAUUACCUCAAAUAAGGCCUUUUUUACCACCAUCAACAGAUAUGGAUAUUGCAGAUACUCUUUAUGGUUUAUAUAAAUCACAUUGUACUUCAGUUUUUGAAUCUUUGAGAUAUAUGCAAUUGAAGAAAUUAUUUUCAUUACUUUCAUCAUUUCAUGGGUCAUUAACUUCACCUGUUUUAAAACUUUAUGUUUCACCGAGUCUGCAUAACUGGAUUAUUGCAUCAGAUUCCAUAAUGUAUAAAGAAAUCAUUAAAAUGCUUGCAAAUUUAGCAUUACAAGAUAUUCCAACUCAUGUUUUACAACAAUUAAAACAAGUUGCUGAAAAUUUUACUGAAAAAUCUUCAACUUCUUUACAAAAUUUACCAGUUAAAUUAGCUGUUGCUAAACUGAAACUGUCAAAAGAAUUUUCACAACUUGUUUCAAAAUUGAUUAGAGUUGCAGAAACUGCUCAAUCUGCAAAUAAAGUUUUAUCUCAUGAUUUUGAUAGAGAAUUAAUGGAAAAAGAUUGGACAAAAUUUGUUGAUGUUGAACAAAUUGCUUCAAAAGAAUUACCAUGUAAUGGUGAAAAUUUAAAACAAGCAAUUGAAGUUUUAAAAAAUAAAUUACCAGAACUUUUGAAUAUUGAAACAGAAUCUAGAGAUACAAUAAUUAAUGAAUGGGCUUUAUUCAUUUCAGAAUUACCACAUAAAUUUAUUGAUGUUCCACCACGUUUAUUUUUACUUUGUGUUUCCACAAUAUUAACAAGUGCAUUAAGAGAAAUUUCGUUAGCUGGUGGUGCAGGGUUUGGUGCUUGGUGGGUUGUUAGAUGUUGGAUUGAUGAAUGGGUUGGUUGGUGUGCGGAACUUGGAGGUUUUAUUUCAACUCAAUCAUUUGAUGUUCCAAUUGAAAGAAAAGAUGAAUCUUUACAAAACGGUAAUAAAGUAAAUGAAGAAAUGCCAGUUGAUUUAUUAGAUGGCCAAUUUGGUAUUAAAAAAACUAAUGAAAAUGGUGGUAAUGAUAACAAUGGAAUCAAUCAGCAUGAGGAUACUAAUCAAAUUGAUACUGAUAAAGCAGAAACUAAUAAUGUUGACACAAAUCAUGUUGAAUCCAAUGAUGAUGAAUCCAAUCAAAUUGUUGAUACCAAUCAAAUUGUUGAUGGUGAAAUUCCUAAGAUUGAAAACACUGCAGAAACAAACUAA